CUGUGUCCAUGUCUGUGUCUGUCGUGGGGCCAGAUAGCCUGAAAAGCGAGCUGCCCGUGCAGCAUUGUCGGCAGUCCUCAUUCAGACGCGAAUCCGUUAACAUCGCGGUCGCCGAAGGGCAGACAACACAACAUCUAACGGCACGGCGACCAGCACAUGGCCGUCCAUGGAACACGGAACCAACCGACCCGACCACGCCCACGAACUAUCCUGCAUAUCCCACGACUCAAUGGAAUAAAUGUUUCUCAACGCCAACGAAAUGCCAAGUGACGAUGCCAUUUUUAUAGACUUUUUCUAAAUCAAAAGAAACGACUCAACAAAUAAAACAGAGACUACCAGCGACGGUCUGGGCGCCACUUAAAGUGCCAGCGAUGGCAGUCAACGGGAGGAUUCGCAAGCGCAAGCAUAAAAUCCAUACAAGUGGCGACACUCCGACUCCGACGACAGCCACAACUAGCGGAACGGCAGCCCCCUCAAUAGCCCCCUCAGCGGCAGGCAGGCCCUGGCCCAUGGUGGAGCAAAGCGAGACAAUCGAGGAAGCCGCCCUCGCUGGGGACUAUAAUAAUUUCACGCAUAAUUUCGUCGAUUUGCAGAGCCUCUUGAAUUUCAAUGAUUUGCUGAGCAGCAGCAAUGGCAGCAGCGACAGUGGCAAUGGCCAGAGCCAGAGCCAGAGCAGCUCCUCGAGCGGAUCGAGCAUCAUUAAAUUGAGUAACGGUGCCAUUAUAGACACUCUUUUGGGCACCGUGUUGACCACGGCCACGGCCACUGUGGCGCCUGCAGCCAGCUCUUUGCUGGCCACGAUUGCAGCCACCGCCACGACAAGCGCAUCGGUGGCGGCCUCCACGUCGGCGCUGGCCAUUGCGGGCAGCCAGCAGGUGGUGUCCUUGUCGGGCCUGGCCAUUGCCGAGGCCACCUCAUCCACCUAUUAUGCCAACUUGCUGAACAUGUCGCCAGCGACGACCAGCCUGAUCGCUGCUGUGGCGGCCACCAAGUCCUCCCACAACGACAGCUCCAUGCGCUGGGAGCAGUUCGACGGCAACGUGGACUUCGGCUUUGAUCCGCUCUACCGCCACUCGCUGGCCAUGUCCAUUGUCUACUGUGUGGCAUACAUCGUGGUGUUCCUGGUGGGCCUCAUUGGCAACAGCUUCGUGAUUGCCGUCGUCCUGCGGGCGCCUCGCAUGCGGACGGUGACAAACUACUUCAUUGUGAAUCUGGCCAUUGCGGACAUCCUUGUUAUUGUCUUCUGCCUGCCAGCCACGCUGAUUGGCAACAUCUUUGUGCCGUGGAUGCUCGGGUGGCUGAUGUGCAAGUUUGUGCCCUACAUACAGGGUGUCUCGGUGGCGGCAUCGGUCUACAGUCUAAUUGCCGUGUCCCUCGACAGGUUCAUUGCCAUCUGGUGGCCGCUGAAGCAGAUGACAAAGCGACGUGCGCGUAUCAUGAUAAUCGGCAUAUGGGUAAUCGCACUGGUAACCACCAUACCCUGGCUGCUCUUCUUCGAUCUUGUGCCGGCCGAGGAGGUGUUCUCGGACGCUCUGGUCUCGGCCUACACGCAGCCGCAGUACCUGUGCCAGGAGGUCUGGCCGCCCGGCACCGAUGGCAACCUGUAUUUCCUGCUGGCCAACCUGGUGGCCUGCUAUCUGCUGCCCAUGUCGCUGAUAACGCUCUGCUACGUGCUCAUCUGGAUCAAGGUGUCGACGCGCUCGAUACCAGGCGAGUCGAAGGACGCGCAGAUGGAUCGCAUGCAGCAGAAGAGCAAGGUCAAGGUGAUCAAGAUGCUGGUGGCGGUCGUCAUACUGUUUGUUCUCUCCUGGCUGCCGCUCUACGUGAUCUUUGCGCGCAUCAAGUUCGGCUCGGACAUAUCGCAGGAGGAGUUCGAGGUGCUCAAGAAGGUGAUGCCGCUGGCCCAGUGGCUGGGCUCAUCCAACAGCUGCAUCAAUCCCAUUCUCUACUCGGUCAACAAGAAGUACAGGCGAGGAUUUGCGGCCAUCAUCAAGUCGCGCAGCUGUUGCGGCCGUCUCAGAUACUACGACAACGUGGCCAUUGCCUCCUCGACCACCAGCACGCGCAAGUCGUCGCAUUACCACCAGAACAGCUCGAGGAAGAGUCCCAGCAGCAAGGGCAAUGCCGUCUCCUACAUCUACGAGCACAACUCGCUGCGGCGCCACAACAUGAUGCUGAAGCAGGACAGCAAUCUGUCGCAGCAGAUGCUGCUCAAGCAGGACUCGCACGGCUCCCGACAGUUCCUGAUCAAGCAGGAGAGCUCCUGCAGCGACGCCUCCGGCAUCCGGCGUCCGUUGUGCCAGCAGGACAGCAACGGCUCCAAGAUCUCGCUCUCCAAGCAGGACUCCAUUGUCUCCUACAUGGAGUCGCGUCGCGCUCCCGCUCUCGGGCUGAGCGACUCGCUGGCGGACAGGGACAGCGUCUCCAUGGAGUCGCGUCGCGCCGGCGGCAUCAUGGCGAAUGCCACGCCGGGAUCCCUGCUGGACAAGCGGCAGAAGUUUGUCAAACAGGACUCGGUCAUCUCGUUUGUGGAUCAGCGACCAGAGCCGCGACGACACCAGCUGGUCAAGCAGGAUUCGGUCAUUUCGUUCGCCGAUCAGCGUCGUGGUCUGCUCCACAAACAGGACUCGCUGAAUCGCGCCAGCGAUGCACCCACUCAUCAUGUGUCCAUACUGAAGAAGACAGACUCGCAGCUCAGCUAUGGGUCGUCUUCGUCAGCAUCCGCCGCCUCACCACGCCGCACUGCGGAUCUGUACGAGUAGGAAGCCCCCACAAUCCUCUUGCCAUUCCCCCAAGACAUAAUUGGCUACGAAUCACUUGCAGAGAACAUGCGCCACAACAUACGGAUACAUAUUAAUUGUCUCAUUCCUAUGGCAGCUACAAACAUACGAGCUAUGAUAUGCUAUGACCAUCCGCAUUCCUGCAAUUUCUGACUUAUUUACUGUCCCCAUUGCUAAGUUACAGCCAGAGAUGUACAGACAGGCAGACAGGCAGACAGACGGAAUGGUACGGUGGAUAUCUUCUAUUAUUCGAAGGAUUUUAUGCAACUGUGAUAGAAGUUGGCAGUGCUGGUGGCCAGACUUAUCCGUCGUUGUUGUUGCCAGAUCUACAUAGGAAUAGGGA